UCUAAGAGACGAAGCAGAGCAGCUGGAGUACACACACACACACACUACACACUACACCAACUACACACACUCACAAAACACACCCGCACACACUCUAAACACACACUCGCAUACAGAAACAGACAAACAGCAAGGCACACCGUCUGACACCGGCAGACAUCUGAAGUGAUUCUUGAGAGAAAGAGAGAGAGAGAGAGAGAGGACUUCACUUCCCAGACAGACAUGCUGAGGGGGACAGCUCUCUGGGCUGGCCUGGUGGGACUGUGUGUCAUCGUCACCCAGUGUCCAGCCACCUGCCAGCUGAGCCAGGAAGACGCGGAGACCCUCAUGGAGCUGCACAACAGUUAUCGGGGCCAGGUGGUACCCAGUGCCACCUACAUGCGUAAAGUGAAAUGGGAUGAGAAGCUAAAGAUCCUAGCUGAGGGCUACGCUGUGAAGUGUACGUGGGAACAGAACCCGGAUCUAGAGUUGCUGAACACGGGAGAGAACCUGUUUGUGUCCAAUGAGCCCUUGGACCUCAACAUGACCAUGGAGAAAUGGUUCUUGGAGCACCUAGACUACGACUACAAACACAACAGUUGCCAGGACGACAAGAUGUGUGGACACUACACUCAGAUGGUUUGGGCGGACUCUCACUCUGUGGGCUGUGCUGCUCAUCGCUGUGACACCAUGGAGGGGCUGUCCUCCGAGAAAGUUACCUUCCUGGUCUGCAAUUAUUACCCAAAAGGUAAGUUUAAGGACGAGAAACCCUAUGAGGAAGGUGAAUGGUGCUCCAAGUGCCCAGACAACGUGCCGCGAUGUGACCAGAACCUCUGUGUGCCUGAUGCCCCCGAGCCUUCAGAGGAGCCUGAUGUUGAGGAGCCUGAUGCCCCCGAGCCUUCAGAUGAGCCUGAUGUUGAGGAGCCUGUUGCCCCCAAGCCUUCAGAAGAGACUGAUGUUGAGGAGCCUGAUGCCCCCGAUCCUUCAGAGGAGCCUGAUGUUGAGAAGGAGACAACAGAGAGCUCUACCCCACACACAGCCACCGCCACAGAGCCUGGGUAUGAGGAGGAGGGGGACGAGACAGGCACGCAGCCUGGGGACGAGGAGGACGAGGAGGAGACAGGCACGCAGCCUGGGGACGAGGAGGACGAGGAGGAGACAGGCACGGAGCCUGGGGACGAGGAGGAAGAGGAGGAGUGGGAGGGGGAGGAGAGAGCAGCGGAGAGGGAGAAGGAGAGGACUAGGAACCAACCUCCGGCCAAUGCAGGAAGGAUCACUACCCCCCUACUUCUUGUUACCAGCCUAAUGGCUUUACUCUCACCAGGAUUGUGAGGGAAGGUAUGAGAGUAAGGCAUGACACACAUACACACACACUAUCUGGAACUGAACUGGACAUUGCUGGAAGUUGAAUUACAUUGUGCUAUAACCAUGUCUAUAGCAGAGGGAUUUGUUGAUGGUUAUUUUGUUAUUAUUUGCUCGCUAGUAAUUACAGUUGCUAGUUUAACAUAUGCCUUCUUAGCAAUAGCAAUAAGCACACAACAUACAAUAGUUAACAAUGUAUUAUAACAGUUGUAUAAUAACAGUUACGACCUGUUACAAAUGUAACAGCAAUACAUUUUCUUAAAGCAAGGCACGUCCUCUAUAUGGAUGUGAUUCGUAAACCUAAAGGAGCAUAACUACUGUCAAUAUUGAAUAUUUCU